GAAUAACUCCAACAGUGUCAUUACUAUUUCCAUACUAUUUGUUGAAUAGUAAGACUGACCACUGUUAAUAAAUAAACGAACUAAAUUAAACUAUAUCUACUUAACUUCAAUACUCUUUGUUUAAGCAUAAUUUUGGAGGUGUUCGUACUUUUGGUAUUGACAAGUGUCAAUGGACAAGACCGCAUCCAGGAUGCUGGAGAUUUGAGCGCUCAGGAUAUCAGAGACAUCCUCUUGGACGAAAUGAACAGACUUCGUACAUUAGUUGAACCUGGGCCACCGUCUAAUAUGAACUUAUUGAAAUGGAGCGAUACAUUAGAAAUUUGUGCAAUGAAGCACGCAGUGACAUGCCCGACUGCCCAUGAUGGUUUUAAGUGCGUGAUGGCUUCUGAAAACAUGUUUGGGAUCUCCUGGCCUCUCUCAAAAGAAAAGCUUGAGUCAAAGGCGAGAGGCUGGUGGAAUGAGAUGAUUAAGCCCGGAUAUGACUGGUACAAUGCGAAUGCAGUCAACGGGAAAUGGGCCUCAGCGGGUCACUACACGAAUCAAGACAGUGCUAGAACUACUGAAGUCGGAUGUGGUUUAUUUGAUUGUUCCUCACAGCAAAAGGGAAGUCAAUUAGUCUGCAAGUAUCGCACAACCUUUAAGGAUCUUGGUGACUAUGUAGAGAAAGUAUAUCGGCUUCCCAACGGUACCUCUCGUUUAUAUGAAGUUGGAGAACCCUGUACAAAUUGUCGCUAUGGUAACGGUUGGUGUUACAAAGAUUUAUGUGUUAAACAGUGUCCUCAGGGAACUAAAGAGUCGGGUGAAUGCAAAUGUGCCUUGGUGGACCGGUGCAAUAAGGGAACUCUAAAUCCAGAUACCUGUCAAUGUGAAUGUGACCGAAAGCACGUCGGACUUAAAUGUGACAGAAGCUGUACGAACUUCGGAAACUGCAAAAAUGUUGACUGUAACGAUCCAGUGGCUGCGAAAACGAAAUGUCCAGCUGCAUGUGGGCAAUGUGAUUGCUUCGAUAAAGGGGAGUG